GCGAGCACGGAAACGACCGGAAAUGCGCGCGCUGCCCUCUGGGAGAUGUAGUUGGGCGCCCUCUUGCGCAGGCGCAGACCCAGCUGGUGCCGGCCGCGGCCUUUGUCCUGUCGUCCCGCUGAACUGCCUGCUGAGGACCUAGCUGUUCCUCCAAGAGGCCAGAGGAGGAGGGAAUGACUGCUGGGCUCCUUGCUGCUGGGACCCCGGAACAAGUGACUUUUGAGGACAUAGUUGUGGACUUCACCCAGGAGGAGUGGGGGCAGCUGGAGCCUGACCAGAGGACCCUGUACCGCGAUGUGAUGCUAGAGACCUUCAGGCUCCUGGUCUCCGUGGGAUGCUGGCUCCCCAAGCUGGAUGUCAUCUCCCUGCUGGAGCAGGAGGAGGAGUGGUGUGCAGCGGAUGUGUGCUUAGAUUUGGAAACUCAACCCAAAACCAAACUGUCAGCUCCAAAGCAAGACAUCACUGAAGAAAUAGCAAGCAGUGCCCUGGUGGAAAAGUUCCUGUGGGAUAGUCUGUGGUACUCUGAGAGUGACAAUGCCAAGGGCCACUGGGGACAGAGUCACGAGAGCCGAGAUAGCCACGUGGUGCAGGCAGCAUUCACGCCUCUGAAGAUACCCAUGCAGCAGCAGCAGCAGGUGAAUGGGUUUGGGGAAAACUUGAUUCUGAGCCCCAGUCUCCCAGCUCAGCCAAUGACUCCUGAAAGACAAGACCUCCACAUGCUGGGGACACGUGGGAAGAGGGGGAAGCCAGACCCAGGGUUAAAUGCUCAACAGAAAAUAUAUGCAAAGGAGAAGCCCUACAAAUGUCAGGCAUGUGGAAAGGCCUUUAGUCACAGCUCAGCACUUAUUGAGCACCACCGAACACACACGGGAGAGAGACCCUAUGAGUGUCAUGAAUGCGGAAAAGGCUUCCGAAACAGCUCGGCACUUACCAAACACCAGAGAAUCCACACUGGCGAGAAACCUUACAAGUGUACUCAGUGUGGGAAAACCUUCAACCAGAUUGCCCCACUGAUCCAGCACCAGAGAACUCACACAGGGGAGAAGCCCUACGAGUGCAGCGAGUGUGGGAAAUCCUUCAGUUUCAGGUCGUCCUUCAGUCAACAUGAGCGGACUCACACUGGGGAGAAGCCCUACGAGUGCGGCGAGUGUGGGAAGGCCUUCCGGCAAAGCAUCCACCUCACCCAGCACCUGCGAAUCCACACAGGGGAGAAGCCCUACCAGUGUGGGGAGUGCGGCAAGGCCUUCAGCCACAGCUCUUCCUUGACCAAACACCAGCGAAUUCACACGGGGGAGAAGCCCUAUGAGUGCCACGAGUGUGGGAAGGCCUUCACGCAGAUCACACCGCUGAUUCAGCACCAGAGGACCCACACGGGAGAGAAGCCGUACGAGUGCAAUGAGUGCGGGAAGGCCUUCAGCCAGAGCACGCUCCUGACUGAGCAUCGGAGGAUCCACACAGGAGAGAAGCCCUACGGGUGCAACGAGUGUGGAAAAACCUUCAGCCACAGCUCAUCACUCAGCCAGCACGAGCGGACGCACACAGGAGAGAAGCCGUACGAGUGCAGCCAGUGUGGGAAGGCCUUCCGGCAGAGCACACACCUCACUCAACAUCAGAGAAUCCACACAGGGGAGAAGCCCUACGAGUGUGGCGACUGUGGCAAGGCCUUCAGCCACAGCUCAUCCCUCACCAAACACCAGCGAAUCCACACUGGAGAGAAGCCCUAUGAAUGUAACGAGUGUGGCAGAGCCUUCAGCCAGCUUGCCCCACUCAUUCAGCAUCAGAGGAUCCACACAGGAGAAAAGCCUUAUGAAUGUAAUGCAUGUGGCAGAGCCUUCAGCCAGAGCUCCCUUCUCAUAGAACACCAGAGGAUUCACACCAAGGAAAAGCCCUACGGGUGCAAUGAGUGUGGAAAAUCCUUCAGCCACAGCUCAUCACUCAGCCAGCAUGAGCGGACACACACUGGGGAGAAGCCCUAUGAAUGUCAGGAUUGUGGGAAAUCAUUCAGGCAGAGCACCCACCUCACUCAGCACCGGAGGAUCCACACGGGAGAGAAGCCCUAUGAGUGCAGGGACUGUGGGAAAGCCUUCACACACAGCUCAUCCCUUACCAAGCACCAGAGAACUCAUACUGGGUAGACCCACUUCACACUCACUGGGACAUGGGAAAGCCUUAAGACAUAGCUCAUCCCUUACUAGAUGUGACCCAGUCUUUCUCAAUGGAAACAAUACGAGUAUAUGCAUAUGCAAGCCUUCACACAUAGUACGUGCCUCAGACACCCUCAGAGAGAAGCGACGGAAAGGACUGUGGGAAGAUGGAGCUCUAGGGCAUCCAUCCCUGGAUAGCAGAACAUCCAGACAGUAGUAAGGACAUGUGGAGUAAAUCAGUGUUGAGGACUUUCAGUCAUGAGUGCCCACUAAUGCUACAUCAUAGAACCUACAAAAAAGAGAAAUGGGAAAAAAAAUGUAGCAGAUCUGGAGAUGGCUUCUGUCCAAGGAUUCACGAUAUUCCAAACUAGAGAUUUUCAAAGUGGUGAGAAACCCAACAAAUGCUUUUUAUAUACAGAAACCAGAUAUACUCAGAAUUUAUCAUUAUUGCACAUUACAUUCUUGGGAGGGGUGCUUAUGAAUGGUACAAGGUGACUAUAAAUUUCUCUACAGGACUCACAGGCAUUAGAAACACAGAUGUUGCUGUUUCACAAAAAGGAAGAUUUUUCCUUUGUUAAGCCACCAUCUUAUGAACAACAGCACUUCCACAUUGGAACCUUAUAUUUUGCAAGGCUUAUCUCUUUUUUUUUUUUUUAAAGAUUUUAUUUAUUUAUUUGACAGAGAUAGAGACAGCCAGAGAGAGGGAACACAAGCAGGGGAAGUGGGAGAGGAAGAAGCAGGCUCAUAGCAGAGGAGCCUGAUGUGGGGCUCGAGCCCACAAUGCCGGGAUCACGCCCUGAGCCGAAGGCAGACGCUUAACCGCUGUGCCACCCAGGCGCCCCAAGGCUUAUCUCUUUUGAGAAAUGUACAAGUUAAUCUUCUUUUGAUUGUUUUCAUUGAUUCUUCUUGGUGUUUAAGCUUUUGUUUUUGUAUAAUUUAUCUUGAAGAUCCAUAGUAUUACAUUAAAUCCUGAAUCCACUAACAGCAGUCUCUCUGACAACCACAACCCCUGAACGGUGACUUGCCAUCCUCAUUAGAACCCAUAUUUAAAUUGCAUUGGCUGGAUUUGGUCACCAACCAUAGGGUUAUAUCGGUUGGUUUGGUUUUCCGAUCACAAUGCCAGGAUGUAAGUUUCCAGUUAACUUGAAAUUUCUCCCUUUGGGGAAGGAUAUUACAAAUAGUCUUCCAGUAGUCCCCAGUAUGCUUAUGCAAUGCCUCCCCUUCCCUUUUUUGGAAUUAAUUUCAUAGUCAUUUAUAAGCCACUUAAGAAAACAGCCGUCUCCAGUAGAAACAAUGCAAGCCACAUCAGUAAUUUUAGCUAUUGUCAUAGUCCCAUUUAAGAAGCAGAACAGGUGAAAUUAAUAUCUGUCCCUGUAUAUCCCAAAUGUUACCAUUUCAACAUGUCACUAUAAAAGACCACUGAUGAGAUGUUUUGCUUACUUUCUGUAUAGUACAUCUUUGAAAUCCAGUGUAUACUAUACAUUUGAGGCACACCUCAGUUCCCUGUAGCCUUUCUGGUGCUCAUUUGCUCAUUUCCAGUGGCUGGACUGGACUGGCGUGGGCAGCUCAAUAGCCUCGGCCCUCUGGUCAGUUGUUUUGUCCUCCUCCUUUUCCCUGGGCUUCUAUCCUUGUGUUGCGUCUUGUACUCAAGGAAACCAGAUGUGCUGAGAUGAUGAGCUUCUUUAAAUAAAUGGCAUGACAGGCUCCUACCCCUGAAUCUUAUGUAGAAAAUAGGUCAUGCCAGUUGUGCACAGUUCGGACUCUCUAGGAUUAUACUUCUUACUGGAGAACACUGCAUUUGGAAAACAUGUUAGGGCUCCUCUAUUCCAGUUCAGUUCAGUAAAAAUGGAACCCAACCACACUCUUCCACAGUCCUUUGAAAAUGCCAGAUGACUGAGAAACAGAGUCACGCAAGCUCCUGCUGUCCCGUGCAGCCCUGCUCCCCUGCCCCCACAAUGACACACACAGGAAUACAGCACAGAACUGGGAACCAUGGGGAGGUGCCCACAGUAUCACUUCUAUCCUCCAUCAGGGAGUGAGAUGAGAGUUCCCUCCCUAGCAGGGCCACAUCCCUGGAGGGAAGUUGAAGCUACACCCAGAGUAUCAGAAAAAUGGCAGAGGCAAGUACACUCCUGACUAGAGGUCCUCACUUACCUGGAGAGUUGCUGGUAUGUCUCAAUUAUUGACACAAAAGUUGAAGACCAACAAGGAAAGAUGAAGGGUGUGAACACAGGCUCAGUAGAGGCCGUGCUGUUUCCACCUUGUUCACUGUGGUGCUUGUGCUUGGAACCCUGAGACACCACGUAGGAAGUCCAACUGCCAC